AUGGCUAGAGCUAAAUUGGUAGAUAACUUAACUAAGAAGAAAGCCGAUGAUUCCAUGCUCAGUUUCACUUUUCUUAAUAUUUUUGACAUUAACAUCAAUCACCGGGAUACGAUAGCUAUGAUUGAUGUUAUUUGGUGUCCUCCGCUCUUUGGUUGGAUCAAGUGUAACGUUGACGGAAAGGCUGCAGGUUCUUUGGCUGCCUGUGGUGGGAUAUUUCGCGACUGGCAUGCUAAUCACAUAUUGAGCUUCAGUGCGUUUAUUGGUGAAGGAUCCCUGGUUGUGGCGGAAUUUAUGGCUACUGUUAUGGCAAUUGAGAAAACAAAGAUGAUGAAGUGGAAUAAAUUAUGGAUUGAGACGGGUUGUAAAUUGGUUGUUUUAGCCUUCUCUAAUAGCAACUUAGUGCCUUGGAAAUUAAAAUCUCUUUGGCUUAUGUGUUGGGAUUACACGCUUAGCAUUGAUUUUAGGAUCACUCACAUCUACCGGGAAGCCAAUUUUUGUGCGGAUUUCUGGGUGAAUAUUGGCUUUAACAGCAAAGCGAUUACUUGGCUUAGUUAUGUACAUAGGGAGAUUACAAAGGAUUACUUGUUAGACAUGAAAGGUACCCCUAAGUUUUGGCUUGGUCCUCCUCUUAUGUUGUAA